CAAUAAAGACAAUCCAAGCAGACAAUACACUCUGCUCACAAACAUGCACAGAAAACAUCAAAUUCCAAUACCGACCCGGUUUCAUUUAUCAAUACAAAUACCAUGCCCAAACCACAAACAAAAUGAACGGUGCUACCAACAGCGAAGCCACGAUGACAAUUGAUGCCAAUGUUCAGAUUGAACCCGUGUCUACAUGUUCACUCCUUCUGAGGGUGACAGACGCCAGUCUUCAGAACUCAGGCGAUACUUCGCAACGCCAAGUAUUCAAUGAUGCCAUCACCAGAUAUCCUUUGAAAUUCACAUUGCAAAAUGGAAGAGUUGAAGAUAUCUGCCCAAUGUCUGAAGAAUCCGUAUGGAUUUUGAACAUCAAACGUGGUAUCCUGUCGGCUUUCCAAAACUCCAUGGACACUUUGGACAGAGAUGUGAACAUAACUGAGACUGACGUUGUAGGCAGUUGUUUGACCAAAUACAACGUGAAGGACAGCAACGGCCAAACAAAGACCAUCAUGAAGAGCAAGGACUUGCUCAACUGCAACGACCGAGAGUCGUAUCGUGUGGCCAUUCAGUCAGUCAAAUACAAUGUCCCAUCAAAUGUGAAAUCACUCCCUCUGAUGAAGAGUUCUUCGGAAUGCAGUCAGACGUUGGACAUGUCCAGUAACAUCAUGAUGAAGUCCGUUUGCGUUGAGGAACACAUCUUCCGCCCAUUCUCCAAUGGCAACAGUGGCGCAAUGACCCAUCAGAGACAAGUGCUGACUUUCGUCGACAGACAGCGUCCAAUUGUGCAAACCUAUGAACGCUACGGUUACAGAACCAAUCUGUUGUUCCAACAUGAACAUGGCAUGCCCAACCAAAGAGAUGCUGAACAGACCAUUCUGUCCAAGCUGCAAGAACUCUGCCAAGUAAUGAAGGAUGACGUCAGACCCGAGUUACCGAAAAUGGUGAACAAUCUGAUUGACAGUAUGAGACACGUGGAUUCUGGGAUUUUGAAGAAGAUCCACAACAAAAUCUCCAGGACCAGUUUCUGCCAACAAAACAUCGAAGUACCAAAGAAGUACUUCUUGGAUGCCAUUCCAAUGGUAGGAACAACAGCUUCAGUGCAGAUGAUUCAAGACUUGAUCUCUCGAAAACAUGUUACUGGUGCUGAUGCUCAGCUGUGGCUUUUAUCUCUUUCCUUCAUUCACCAUCCUUCAAAAGAAAUGAUUGCUGCAAUCUCGCCUCUCCUGGACGACAGCGACAUUUCUGGAAACACCAUCUUGGCCGUCUCAUCUCUUGCCAGUAGUUACUGCAGCGUCAGGCCCAACUGUGGCGCUGACAUUGAAAUCAACGAUCUCGUUGGAAAGUUGGUUCGAAUGAUCGGCAACUGUGACCAAUCCAACUCAAAGACCAUCCACGCUCUCCGUGCCCUUGGAAACAUCGGCCACACUGCCCAGGCUGUUUCUCGUUUAUCCAGAUGUUUCAGUAAGAAGAGCAACCCAAUGGACGUUAGAGUUUCUGCUAUUGAUGCAUUCCGUCGUAUACCUUGUGACGCAAUGCGCUCAGAUUUGAUGGGUGUUUUCAGUGACGUAACUGAAGACUCUGAGAUUCGAAUCAAUGCUUACCUCGCUCUUAUGAAAUGUCCCAAUGAAAUGAUACUCAUAGAUUUACGAGAUAUGCUGCAGAAGGAAACAUCAAACCAAGUUGGAUCUUUUGUGUGGUCGCACUUGACAAACCUGAUGGAAACAUCUGAUCCUCAUCUCCAACACAUCCGAUCAAUUCUUGAGGACGAGAACCUAAAGAAAGAAUUUAACCUUGACAGUCGCAAGUUCUCUCGCAACUAUGAGGGAUCUUUCUUCUUCGAGAGUAUCAAUACUGGAGCCAAAAUGGACAGCAAUGUCAUCUUUUCUUCCAAAUCUUUCAUCCCACGUUCUGCUAACCUCAAUUUGACAGUCGACCUCUUCGGACACGCCAUCAACAUUUUGGAAGUCGGUGGACGUAUCGAAGGUGUUGAGAAAUUCCUGGAAAAAUACCUCGCAUCCUACAAGGUGUCAAAAGACGCUGAUGCUGAAAUGGACAAAAUCAAAGCCGCCAUUUACAUGAGGAUGUUUGGAAAUGAGCUUUAUUACCAUAGCAACGUUUUCUCCAAUCCGAUGUCUCUGUUUAAGAAAGGCGAAUCCUCCCUUCUGAAGAACAUGCAGCUCCUUGACAGUCGCAUGGUGAUCCCAACCUGUAUGGGUCUUCCAUUGAACCUCACCGUCACCACAACUGGGGGCAUCAACUACGACAGCAAACAUGCUUUUACAAAGGGCAAAUUUAACGCCGAAAUAAAACUCAGUGCUGCCAUUGAAGUAAAAGGUGAGAUGUGUGUAGACGCAUACGUGACUAAAACUGGUCUGAAGAUGCUGACCCGGGCCCACACCAGCUCCGGAGUGGAGGUCACCACCAACAAGGAACGUGCUGAGAUUCGAUUCCCACGCAAGAAGACAGAAAUCUUCAACCUCAAGAGCGAAUUCUACACAAUCCAAGGAGAAACCGAGAAGAAGGAGAACUUAAUCACAAGCAAUGUCCAGCAAUCCAAGAGCUGUACUGGCCAAACAAUGAAGACCAUCACUGGUCUCAGAUUCUGCCAGGAAUUACAAUACGUCAACGCUUCCUCGGACAAGAACGCUCCCUUCUUCCCCUUCACCGGACCAUUUGCCUAUGACCUCUACAUGACCAAUGAAGACGCCCCUAACAAUUACAUCAUAGAAGCUGAUUUCCCGGGACCCAACGGCUAUGUAAUGCUUGAUACCCCAGGGUCAAAGGUACCCAGAAAAUGUCUCUUUAAGCUGGAUGGUAACACGGUUUUUGUAUCAGUACCAUGGAGAAACUUAAAGAUGGAAGGUUUGUUUCAACUCUUCGAUUCAUACUUCAACUGACGGUGUGUGUGUGUG